UUUUCUUAUCUUUCUUUUUUGUGUAUUGUCCCAUUUCACGUGCUCUAUAGGUACCAAGCUUCAAAGGAUGAUCUCACUGUCUAUGCAGCUUUGCCAACUGCUCCAUCAACUGAGUAUGUCAAUGUGUCUAGGUGGUUCAAGCACAUUGAUGCUUUGUUGAGAAUCUCUGGUGUUUCUGGUGAGGGAUCUGGUGUCACUGUUAAGGGAUCUCUUGUUGCUGAGCCUGUUGCAACUCCCCCAGCUGCUGAUACAAAGGCUGCUGCUGCUGAGGAUGACGAUGAUGAUGAUGAUGUGGAUUUGUUUGGUGAAGAGACAGAGGAAGAGAAGAAGGCAGCGGAGGAACGGGCAGCUGCAGCGAAGGCAUCUGGAAAAAAGAAAGAAUCCGGGAAGUCAUCUGUUCUGAUGGAUGUGAAACCAUGGGAUGAUGAAACGGACAUGAAGAAGCUCGAGGAAGCAGUGAGAUCUGUUAGCAUGGAAGGCUUGCUUUGGGGUGCAUCCAAACUUGUUCCUGUUGGGUACGGCAUCAAGAAACUGCAAAUUAUGCUUACUAUCGUGGAUGACCUAGUUUCUGUCGACACUCUUAUUGAGGAACGUCUCACAGUUGAGCCCAUCAUUGAAUAUGUCCAGAGUUGUGACAUUGUUGCCUUCAAUAAAAUUUAAUCAACAAUCGUGGGAUUUGAAAAUCAUGGCAGCGAGAGGAAUUGCGCUAUUUAGAAAUUAUGUUUUAGGGAAAGCUCUCAUGUGAGAAGUUUUGUUUUUAGAAGCCUGCUUGUUACUGUUUUUUUUUUUAUAUAUUGGUCUAUUUGUGUUAUGCCGUUGGAUUAUUUGGAGUAAUAAUUUUAGGCUUUGAUCGUC